CUGCGGGGAGGGUCUUCUUGGGACCGCCUUACCCCGCCCUAGUGCGGCCGCGGGUUCGAGGGGCUCCUGGAAGGCCUGGGUGUCCGGGGCAUGAGUGGGGUGGGGGGGACCGGAGGGCCUCGGUGCCAGGCGGCGCUCGCGGUCCUGGCCUCGCUGUGCCGGGCCCGGCCGCCCCCUCUCGGGCUGGACGUGGAGACUUGUCGGAGCUUCGAGCUGCAGCCCCCAGAGCAGCGUCCCAGCGCGGCCGACUCAGGCACCUCUGUCAGCCUCCUCGCCGUGGUAGUUAUUGUCUGUGGCGUGGCCCUGGUGGCAGUUUUUCUCUUUCUCUUUUGGAAGCUGUGCUGGAUGCCCUGGAGGAACAAGGAGGCCUCCAGUCCCUCUCCUGCUAACCCCCCCUUGGAGGCCCUCCAGAACCCCAACUCCAGAGGCAACAUGGCAGACAAGCUGAAGGACCCCAGCUCCCUGGGUUUCCUGGAGGCAGCCGUGAAGAUCAGCCACACAUCCCCAGAUAUCCCGGCUGAGGUGCAGAUGUCAGUCAAGGAGCACAUCAUGCGUCACACACGGCUGCAGCGACAGACCACAGAGCCAGCGUCAUCCACCAGGCACACGUCCUUCAAGCGCCACCUGCCCCGGCAGAUGCACGUCUCCAGCGUAGACUAUGGCAAUGAGCUGCCGCCAGCCGCAGAGCAGCCCACCAGCAUCGGCCGCAUCAAGCCUGAGCUCUACAAGCAGAAGUCAGUGGAUGGGGACGAGGCCAAGUCUGAGGCCGCCAAGAGCUGCGGGAAGAUCAACUUCAGCCUACGCUAUGACUACGAGAGCGAGACCCUGAUCGUGCGCAUCCUGAAGGCCUUUGACCUCCCUGCCAAGGACUUUUGCGGAAGUUCUGACCCUUACGUCAAGAUCUACCUCCUGCCUGACCGCAAAUGCAAGUUGCAGACACGCGUGCACCGCAAGACCUUGAACCCCACCUUCGAUGAGGACUUCCACUUCCCUGUGCCCUACGAGGAGCUGGCUGACCGCAAACUGCAUCUCAGCGUCUUUGACUUUGAUCGCUUCUCCCGCCAUGACAUGAUCGGGGAGGUCAUCCUGGAAAAUCUCUUUGAGGCCUCUGAUCUGUCCCGGGAGACCUCCAUCUGGAAGGACAUCCAGUACGCCACAAGUGAAAGCGUAGACUUGGGAGAGAUCAUGUUUUCUCUUUGCUAUCUGCCCACGGCGGGGAGGCUCACUCUCACCGUGAUCAAAUGUCGCAACCUCAAGGCGAUGGACAUCACGGGCUAUUCAGAUCCUUAUGUCAAAGUGUCCCUGCUUUGUGAUGGGAGGAGACUGAAGAAGAAGAAAACAACCAUUAAGAAGAACACUCUCAAUCCUGUCUACAAUGAGGCCAUCAUCUUUGACAUUCCCCCAGAAAACAUGGAUCAAGUCAGCCUGCUCAUCUCGGUUAUGGACUAUGAUCGAGUGGGCCACAAUGAGAUCAUAGGAGUCUGUCGAGUGGGGAUCAAUGCUGAAGGCCUGGGCAGGGACCAUUGGAACGAGAUGCUGGCAUAUCCACGGAAGCCUAUUGCACACUGGCACUCCUUAGUGGAGGUAAAGAAAUCCUUCAAAGAGGGAAACUCUCGAUUGUGAUUUCACUCACGUGGACGCUGCAAGCAGAGAGACUGCCACCUGGAGUUAGGA